AUGCUAAUUGCCAUUCGUAUUAUCAAAGGAUAUACUUCCUUAUGUGAACUACUAUUCAAAAAGUCGGGAAAUUCAAGCGAAAAUGGUCACCAGCCGGAAAUGUCACUUAUGGGACUAGACAUUCCUCAUGUGGAAUUUGUUAUAAACUACAAUGUACCAUUAUCUGAGAAAACGUAUAGACAUCGUGUUGGUAGAACUGCACGUGCUGGUCAAAGAGGAAUAGCUCUAACCAUAGUAACACGUGAUGUAGCACCUGUGUUUCUAGAAUUAGAAGCAUCUCUACUACCAUAUCUACCAAAAUCUAAGGCGGAAGUCAGUAACUCUUCUCCUGGAAUACCUCGUUGGCCAAUUCCAGUUCCUGACUUGAACGGUCGAGAUAGUAUACUUGUCCGUCGGCGGUUAGCUGAUCAAGCUUGGUCUCGAGCUUCAAAGACGAUUAGAGCACAGAUAGCAAGUCAAAAACCUGUCGACAAUGAUGAUCUCCCUAGUUUCGAUUUACCAAUGGAUGAAGACAUACUUCAAGAGUAUGCCAAUUCAGAUAACAGUGAUGAUGCUGAAAGUGAUGACGAUGAUGAUGAUAGUGACAAUAAUGAAAACCGCUCAUCGCCAUCAUCAUCAUCAUCAUCUGAUAGUGACGGUGAUAAUGACUCAUCAGCUGUAGAAAAACAAUCCUCCAAGCGUAAAUUGCCUAAACCUCCGGCCAGCUUCAAGUUGAAAACAUCUGGGGAGGCUGGGAUAGCAGCUGCACGUAAAACAUGGAAGUGCAUUGCAAAGCUGAAUCAACAACAGAAGAAGGAGCAAGCUGAGUUGAAAGAGACGCAUCGUGUUAAUAAAUCAAUUGGAUGGGGUGUUACAUUUACAAAUAAGGAUAACGAUGAAGCAGUGAACGAUAAUCACAAUAUGCAUAACGAUGAAAUGAGCGAUGAUGAAGAUGACAAUGAGGCGGUUCGUUAUGAACAGCCAAUCAAGACAAAAUAUGCUAAAUUUUUGAUUGCACACUAGUCAGUAACUAGUGUAAUGUGUCUAGUCCUAUUUUCGGUGCAGACUGAAUUCUAUCAGUCAUGUUUGCAAUGUGGCCACCAUGCUAGGUGGCUCGACAUUACGGUGCACUGUGAAUUGUUGG